AUGACUGAAAACGACAGACACAGCUUGCAGGUGAUAACAUGUGCGCUGUUUACCCUCGUCACGUUACCGAUCGAAACCUUGGUUGACUUCGAGUCCUGCCCCACUGUUUGUGAUUGCUCGGAACGGAAGACCUACACGAUCUCCUGCUUUGACAUUGAUGUCAUUCCCACAUUUCCUGCAAGCACAGAUACACUGUGGCUUCUGGAGACGCGUCUGAACUCAGUGCCAGGAGAUGUCUUCUCCAACCUAGUAAACAUAUCAAGGAUAUAUAUAUCAGUGGAUCUGACGCUGAAGAGGCUGGAGAGGCAUUCAUUCUAUAACCUGAAGAAAAUCACCCACAUAGAGAUCCGGAAUGCGAGGAGUCUGUCAUACAUAGAUCCAGAAGCAUUUAAAAACCUUCCAAACCUGAAAUACCUGGGUAUUUUCAAUACUGGCCUCACCAUCUUCCCUGAUCUCACCAACAUUCACUCAGAUGACAUGAACUUCGUACUUGAGAUCACUGAUCAUCCUUACAUCUCUGAGGUCCCAGCCAACUCAUUCCGCGGUAUUACCAACCAAGUGCUGACAGUGAUGCUGUACAGUAAUGGCUUCACAGACAUCCAACAUCAUGCUUUCAACGGGACCAAACUGGAUGCUGUGUACCUCCAUAGGAACAGGCGUCUGACCAGGAUGGAUGAAGAUAUGUUUUCUGGCACUGUCAGUGGCCCAAUGCUUCUUGACGUGUCCCUGACGGCGGUGUCGUCCCUCCCCACAGCAGGGCUGGAGUCUCUCAGGGAGCUGAUUGCCCGCAGCGCCUGGAACCUCAAGAAGCUUCCGCCAAUCAAAACCUUCAAACACCUGACCACCGCUGACCUCACCUACCCCUCUCACUGCUGCGGCUUCAAGAACCUCAAGAAGAAACGGGGAUACCUGGAGUACAUCAUCUGUAACCUGACAGCAUUCUACGACCAGCAGCAGAAGAGGUCCGUAGGUCCUCUCACAGUCCCAUCCCUCCAGGGAGACCCCACUGCAGACACAGCUGACCAGGAGCCCAGUGAGGAGGGCUUCAGAGAUGGUGUAUUCAAAGAUACCCAGGGAGACCCCUGGAGAGACUUCCACAGCAGCCUCAACUACCACGUCUACUUCGGUGGGCAGCCGGACGAUGACGUGGGCUUCGGGGAGAUGCUGAAGAACCCGCAGGAGGACACCAGCCAGAACUUUGACAAUCGCUACGACUACGUGGUCUGUGAGGAGGGCGAGGAGGUGACCUGCGCCCCUGCACCCGACGAGUUCAACCCGUGUGAGGACAUCAUGGGCUUCAGCUUCCUGCGUGUGUCUGUGUGGUUUGUGUCUCUGCUGGCUGUAGUAGGUAACAUGGUGGUGCUACUGGUCCUCCUCACCUCCCACUACAAGCUCUCCGUCUCACGCUUCCUCAUGUGUCACCUGGCCUUCGCUGACCUCUGCAUGGGGAUAUAUCUCCUCCUCAUCGCCUCAGUGGACCUUCACACCAAGAUGGAGUACUACAACCACGCCAUCGAAUGGCAGACGGGGCCGGGUUGCGGGUUGGCGGGGUUCCUCACGGUGUUCGCCAGCGAGCUGUCGGUUUAUACUCUGACAAUGAUUACGCUAGAGAGGUGGUACGCAAUAACGUUUGCCUUGAGGCUGGACAGGAAGUUGCGUCUGCCCCACGCCACUGCUGUGAUGCUGGCUGGAUGGUUUUUCUGCCUCCUCCUAGCGAUGCUCCCCCUAGUGGGGGUCAGCAGCUACCAGAAGGUCAGUAUCUGCCUGCCCAUGGAUACCAAGUCCACCAUGGCCCAGGUCUACAUCAUCUCCGUCUUGAUCCUAAACAUCCUGGCAUUCCUGGUGAUCUGUACCUGUUACAUGAAGAUCUACUGCGCUGUGCACAACCCUUACUACUGCUCAGGGUCUAAAGACACCAACAUUGCCAAACGCAUGGCCAUCCUCAUCUUCACUGACUUCCUGUGUAUGGCGCCCAUCUCGUUUUACGCCAUGUCAGCCGUUGUGGACCGGCCGCUUAUCACCGUGUCCAACUCUAAGAUCCUACUGGUGCUCUUCUACCCUCUCAACUCCUGUGCCAACCCCUUCCUGUACGCCAUCUUCACCAAGGCUUUCAGGGGGGAUAUCUUUAUCCUGCUCAGUAAGGUGGGGCUGUGCCAGCGUCGGGCGCAGCUCUUCAGAGGGCAAGCAGUCAGUUCGAAGGGUAGCAGUAGGGUGUGCCAGCAGGUUCAGGGGGGUAAAAAGAGAGACACUGACAGGAAGAGGACAGGAGGACCAGAGGAGGUACCCAUUCACCUGCAGGAGUAUUCUGGGUGUGGUCACACCUACAUUCAGCUGGCCUCACAACAGCCCAGUCCUGAGGAAAGCCGUAGCCUGGAAACGUGA